AUGGCCCCUGAAGCAAAAGUCCAGCCAGAAGCCGACGAUCUAGAUGACGGUUUGGAGUACGAAGUCUACAACUCUGCCGGUGAAGACGGAGGAGAGGAGGAGGGGGAAACUAAUGGAGUUGACGUGAGCGAUGAAGGUGAUUGUGAACAGGAAGGUGACAAAGACAAAGAAGAAAACGAGUCGAAAAACCUGGCGGCUGGGCAGAAUGAGUCGCGGAAACGUAAAAAGAGCGACUCGACGUUCAAGGAGAAAAAGAGAUUAAAGAUGGAAAUAGAUACAGAAAACAAGAAAAACAUAUCAUUAGAAGACAACCCCGAGGUCAUCACCGAGUUUAUAAAUUCGAAAAUCACCAGGAAGCACUCCGAUUUGACCGCGUUGGAGUUGAGCGAGCUUUACUUUACCAAGAGUGAUAUCCGAACCACGGCAGAGUUCAAAAAGCCUCGAACUUUGGACAAUUUGGGCGACUACAUCAACCAGAGAUUCAAGAAUAUGUUGCCUGGCAAACAAAGCAAAUCGAAAAAGAACAGCAAGGGUUCAGAAGAGAAGCAGCAAGUAGAGAAUGCAAAGAGAGCUGGAGAGGAAGCGGACGCGGGAAUGGAUAGAAAAUUCAUUGCAAUUGUGUCAAUGUCUGCUAUACGAGCCUGCGACGUACACCGAGCCACAAAGGACUUAAACGGAGGCUCACUAAAAUUGAUAAACAAGAAUAAAUUACACGUGGACUUGAAAUUGGUGGCCACGACACGGUCGAGAAUCUUGUGCUGCACACCAGGAAGGUUGGUAAAAUUGUUGAAUGACAAGGAUUCCAAACUACGCAGCGACGAGAUCAAGAUUGUUCUCGUUGACAAUUCUUACUUGGAUCAAAAGAAGCAAAACGUAUGGGAUAUCAAGGAAACAGUCGAAGCGCUCAAAGAGUUGACGAAAAAUGGCUCAAAGAUAUAUUUAUAUUGA